AAUAUGUCCAAGUGCGAAUGAUCAAGACGUAUUUACUGAAUUUUUGCAGGAGUGGUAUAUGCACAUAUACAAAUUCAUGCUAAAUUAAGGUCACUGCCAGUUCACGGGAUUAAGAAUUCUUAGAAGAAUCUGUGGGAUAAGAAAGAUUAUGAGGCUCACUUACUAUGGCAUUCUCACAUGGUCGCAUAAAUUUUCUAAUAAAAUUUUCCUGACGGUUUCAUUCAUUUAAAUAAUUAGUUUAGUGAUCAUAUACAAAUACGUGCACAUAAAAAUAAAUAUUUCGAUUCAUUUAAGUAAAUUUUAUUUUCUAACAAUGGAACUUCCGUUUUUUUCGUUUUUCGUAUCUCUAUUUUCAGUUUUUACUGGAAACGGUACGACUAAUUUUAAUUUACCGAAUAAUUCACAUAAAAGUACAUCUCCUGUUCGUCAAAUUAUUUUAAAUAUUACUGGAAAGAUGAAAGUGACCCCAACAAUUUCAACAACGACGACGACAACAACAACCCAGCUCCCAGACUUGUUGAUGAUUUUGUGCCCGAUGAGUCAAAAUCAAUCAUCACAACUUCACUUUCGAUACUACAACCGAACCAAACGGUGCUAUCCCGUUUCCUCCAAGGGACCAUGUGGAACCAACAUGGCCUAUUUUGCGGAGGAUGAGACUUAUGGAGAAUGCGGUUGUCAAACAACUGACGAUCGAUUGCUCAUUUACAAUAAGAAGCAAAAUCAAUGUUACUUUAUCUUCCAACAAGGCUUUUGUGGAAAGACACAAUGGUUGGACAUUACUCGGAACGGAAUUCCAAUUUGCAUAAGAAACCCAUGUACAUCUCAUAUUCGAGGCUCAAAGAAAGAUUUUGUAUAUUUUCAAUCAAGAUGUGUCGAGGUGGGCGAAUCCUGGUCUGGAUGUGACCAAGACCAAGUCGUGGGAUUCAAAAUGUUUAGACGACUCCCUACCUGCAUAAGUUCUCACAGUAUUCCAGCCUCAGCUCGAGCUAUCGGAGUACCCACGACCCCUUGUGACUUGGGCUCGGUUAUGGCGUUGGAUGGUCGAUGUAACCCACCAUUCGAGUUUGACUAAUAAUGAGGAAGUGGCUGGAUUCAUUAAUUGUGUAUGUUGUUUGUUGUAACCGUUGUUUAUUUGAAAUUAAAGCUUGUAGCUGCUAAUAAAGUAGCUACAAUGUAUUUUCUUAAUGUGCCAUCACCAAUGAUGUACAAAUUCUUUACUAUUUCACCGAAACUCUAGAUUGUAGUUAAGUGCCACUUAUAGAUACUGUAGUCAUUAUGCUCUAUACCCCCAUGAUAUAUAGCACAUUCCUUUUAUCAGAUGCACAUUUGACACUAAAGAUCAAUUUCUGACAUUUCCGAACUGCGUUGUAAUUUUCACGCACUGAUUGAGCACAUUGUUUGUAAAAUACAAAGGAUACGACUUCCAUGCAUUGGAAACAAGUGAAGUAGACUGUAAACAAUGUUAAUUUUAUUAACUGAGACAUUCUUUUUCCGUGACACAGUUAAAAUAUAUUCAUCAUCCAUGAAAGACAGUUUUCUCUACCCUGCUCAAACUAACGUCCGCUAAUAAGCCGAAAAGACGACGGAAACAGACCCACAAUCUCACAUACUUACGUAUGCACACUUAUGCACAAACGGAGUUGCUGCCAAUACAGUGCAACACGUUCUCGUGUUUAAAAAAGUGUUUCUUUCACGCAGGUUCUUGAUCUGCUCCCAUUUCCAUCCAUAAUUACCUUAUCCCAUCUCUGCCUCCUAGAACUUUAGAUUUUUGUUUUUCCAAAAAUAAUCUAAAGAAAGAGUGCAAUUAAGUAACUGCUAUGUAUGAACGCGUCUUGUAUUUUCUAAUCAAAUUUGAAAUGAACAAAUAAAUAAACCAUUCGAAAUUUGUUCCCGGAUGGAGGGAUUGGUU